AUGGACCCUGCUCCUUCAUAUGAAGCAGCCACCAGACAGUCCUCUCCCAGUGGUCAUGACCUGUUAGACACCCUCCAAUGGUGGUGGUACCUGCAGGAGUUGGCCGGCCAGGGACUGUCCGCAAAGGAAAUAGCAAAGACUAUGUUCUUGGGUCCAGAUCAUGCUGCCACUCCCGAGUUUGAGCUACUGGAACAUGAGCGUCAUAUCCAACAAGUUUUGGAGGGCAUGCGGGAACACGGAGGACCCUUGGGCCUACUCAAUGCAGGGCUGACUGUAAGGCCAGCACAAAACGUGCCUGUCCAGUCUUCUGGGAACAGGCUUGUUUCAGUUCCACGCAUCUUACUUGAGACUCUUAGGUCGAACUCAUCUCCAUGGCCCCAAGCUGAGUCCGAUUUCUUGAGAGCACGAGCUCUUACAAUGCUUGCUGUAGGUACUGGCUUGUCCAUAGUACGGACAUGGGUCAUAGAUCACCAGGAGAGUCCUUUCGAUGAUACGGUCGGGCCAGGGCACAACGCUUUGAUUGCGACCUUGAGGGCAGCCAGUGAGGGAGCUCUAAGCCUUGCGGUGCACACAGCUGUCCGAUCAAGCUUGCCUGAGUGGAAGCACUGGUGGGCAAACUCCAGCUUCAGGGAACGACUUCUGUUGACUUUGGGCCGUCCAGGAUCAGAGCAGUAG